AUGAAGAAAGCAGCGAAGGAACUGAAGGAGAAAGUGAACAUCAUGGUGCAACGUGCGGACAAGACAGCAGACUUCAUCUUGAUUGAUACUGCCGAAUAUCACCAGAAGCUGGAUGCUAUUUUGUCUGACGAGAGCAAGUUCGAGCGCCUGACAAGGAACCUGACAGACGACAUCAAGAGGGAAGCUAACAGAGUCAUCAGCGCAGUAAAUGCUGCGACAAAUGCUGUGCACCUCCUGCCCAUACAAGGAGACUACAGCCUGUGUUAUUUAUAUGGUAAUAUAAAAACCCACAAACAAGGAAACCCACUCCGGCUGAUCAUCAGCCAGAUGCCCGCCCCUACGUACGCCUUGGCUAAACCCCUCAAUCAAAUAUUGACCACUUACGUCCCGAGUCAGUACAGCCUGCAGUCUUUGGCAGAAUUCUUAGAAGCCAUCAAGGAUGCCCCUGGUACUGGGAUUAUCACCUUGCUGGACGUGGAGUCACAAUUUACAAACGUGCCUGUCGACGAAACCAUCGAUAUAACCCUUGAUCGUUUCUACAGGAAUCAGUUGACAGUGCCCCUCAAUAUACCAGAAGCCUCGCUCCAUAUGCUGCUGGAGAUCUGCAGGAAGAAGGCCCCUUUCUCCACCCAGCGUGGCCAGAUGUUCCGCCAGAACGAUGGCGUGGCGAUGGGCUCCCCACUGGGGGUCCUCUUCGCUAACUUUUAUAUGGGCACCAUGGAGGAAUGGGUCUUCACCAGGAUGCAGCAACCCCGCAGAUAUGGACGUUAUAUUGACGACAUCUUUGUGCAAGUCGAUGCCGAGGAUGAGGUAGAAGCCGUCCGUCAAGCAUUUCAGCAGUGCAGCUUGCUGAAUUACACAGUUGAACACAACUCUGACGAUCAGGUCCCCUUCCUCGAUGUCCUUGUAAGCAAGACGGAAGAUGGCCUCCGUACUUCAGUCUACUCCAAGAACCCCAGUUUAGGACUUUGA